UAAAGUAAUUUUGGUGAACCGGAGCAUAAGAAGCCGAUGAAAGCGAAGGCGUUCAGCGCGAACGGAAAAAACGGAGGGAAAAAAAGGACAAAAUAAUCAGAAAAUCCGUGAAAAAUCCCUCAAAAUCCUCGCUAUAACUUGAAGAUCAUUGAAUCGAAUUGGAGAGGAGGUGAGGGAGGGAGGGAGGAGAAGGAAGGAGAAAGGAAGAAACCCUAAAAUUUGAGGUUUCCACUUCAAGGACGGAGAUCUAGAGAUGGAUCCGAGGAACUCAGCUGAGAUGUUCAAACAUCUAGAAAAGCAAAAUGAAGCCCUUAUGGAAACAUACCGGGUGAUGUCCCAUGAAUUGCAUAAGCUUCAGGUUGAAGAAGAAAUGCUUAUGCGCAAACUGUAUGAGCUCAUGUCUGCUGAAGGCCUAAUUAGAAAGAAGAAAGAGGACAACAAGUCAAACAAGGUACUAUCCAUAACAUCCCAGGAAGAUUAAAUGUUGCUGUGAAACUCACCAGUGCCGUCACGGCUCAAGGGCGCCUCUCUCGUAUGAGGUUCAAUCAUAGAAGAUGGUUCCUACCAUCAGCUGAAUGCUGCUCAAUCAUCUUAUUAGUCCGACGAAUUUAUGGGACUUGCCUGAAUUUACUGUUGACUCAACUCCAAUGUGUUUCUGGUCACUCUUUGACAUUAUGAAGAGCAUAAUACUGAUUUUGUAUACAAACCUUAGUGCUGCCAUGUGGAUUGUUAAGAAUGACUGAAUAUGGAUAGAGCAAAAGCACCAGGUUUUGGAAAAAUGCUUUUAAUUGUUGC